AUGGCAACCCCAGGCCAUUCGACAGAUGUUCCAACACUGGUGGCCCUCAUUAAGACACUGACGAAUCCAGCUUUGAAAGACCUAUUGAGAUCUGAAAACCUCCAGGUGUCAGGUGUCAAGAUAGCCUUACAACUCCGCAUCAUCCAACGACUUGAAAGUCUUGCGGCCUCGGACCGUCUGAGCUUCGAUGCAUUGGCGCGGCGCAUUCUUGAUGCUGCCCUUCCGAAGUCACGAUUGCAAGCGCCUAAUAGCAAUCAAUUUCCGGCACCUCCCAUCGCACAGUCUCCUGCGCAGGCUCGGUCGACGGCUCUUGGGGUUUCUAUGUCACCUCACCCAUACGCUGCUGGUCCCGGCAGUUCUCUUUCAAAGCCCCCCGCCCCCCAUAGGCCCCCAAAUCGUUUGGAGUUUAAAGAGAGUCCUUUCUUCACGAUUGUGGAGGCCUUGACUCCUGUUGUGGAGUGUAAAAUUCGCGAACAAACCCGGGAUAGUGUGGAACUCAAGGUCAUGCUGUCUCAGCGAACGGCUCAAAGGUUGCAGACAGAUCUUAACGCCCGAGUCAUGGUAUAUUGUGCCGCAGAUUCGGGUCUCACUCAGUACACCAAGUCGGAUAUCGCAUUUCCACAUCAGGUGGAGCUCAAGGCGAAUCUUGAUGAAGUGAAAGCCAAUCUCAGAGGCUUAAAAAACAGACCAGGCACUACGCAGCCUGCAGAUGUGACCAAUUACAUCCGGAAGAAGCCCGAUUAUCCAAACAACAUUGUCAUGACUUAUGCAUUGACGCAAAAGAAAUUCUUCGCACUUGCCAACCUCGUUAAACAACAUCCGAUUGAGGAUCUCGUCUCGGAAUUGAGGACACGGAAACUCAUUUCAAAGGAACAGGUCAUACGUGAGAUGAAAAACCGCGCACAUGACUCUGAUAUUGUUGCUACAUCGAGUGUUAUGUCGUUAAAAUGUCCACUAUCGACACUUCGCAUCCAGGUUCCUUGCCGGUCUAUCAUCUGCACUCACAACCAGUGCUUCGAUGCAUCAUCUUUCUUAGAGUUGCAAAAGCAAGCACCGACUUGGACCUGCCCUGUGUGCUCCAAAGCCACGAGCUUUGAAUCUCUACAAGUCGACCAAUACGUUGAUGAUAUCCUUCAAACAACUUCAUCGAACAUCGAUCAAGUCACCGUUGAGCCGGAUGGUGCGUGGUCAGGACCUAGUGAUUCAGAUACAGGAAAUCUGGGCGGUAUGACGCCAGCCUCGGAUGACGACGAUGAUUUGAUUGAAAUCAGUGAACCAGGUGUUCCCCUUGUAAAACAGGAGCCUGGAUCCGCAAGCAUUGCUUUAGAAAGGACACCUGCGCAGUCAAGAGAGGCAUCAACGCCUUCUUCCAUUGCACGUUUAUCAAGCAAAAAGAGGCCUGCCUCCAUGGUCAUUGAUCUCACAGAAAGUGGCGACGAGGAUGAUGAGUUUCCCAUUCCAUCUCCUAAACGGCUUGCCCCGACCUUGCCAUCGCGAUCCUUCCCCCGACAAGAUUACCACCUCCCAUCGGCCAGCAGCCCUCUGAAUGGCAGCUCCUAUCCUCCAUCAAUAUAG